GUUUUACACAUAAUAAACGAAGUACUCGAACCAGUACGCUCGAAUUCCGCAGAAAUGCCAAUCUACAGCCCGAACGCCUUCGAGUUCCUGAAUCAAAGUGAGAAUCUCGAUUUGGGCGUCCAUCGUGUUCGCAUCUUCCGACAGCGGAUUGUGAAGGAAAAGAAGGAAGAAAUCUUCAAGGCGGACGGACGUUACACCUUUCUUAUCCCCGUUGAGGAGGGUUUUCAGCCAUCACCGAGGCCGGAAAAGGUUGACCGCGUGGUAAUUGAUGGCCACGUGAUACCCAACCACGUCCUCUUCACAAUUCCGACACCUGAUAAAGUACCCUACGAGACUCUUGCGUUCACUGAUAACGUCAAGGUUACAGUUAGCUUCCUCAAGGAAAAUGAUAAAGUUUACGUCAAAUCCAAUACAAUUAUGGGCGACGCGGGUCAUCCGGCUGGAGUCGUGUUAGCAGAAAUAAUUAAAGCGAAUAUUCCAGUGCGCAACGGCGUUGUCCACUUGAUUCAACGACCUCUUAUGGUCGUCGACACCACGGUGAAGGACUUCCUCGAGGUCAGUGCUUAA